AUGCCUCGCGCAUCGACGGCGGCCCUCAGCAGAUACUUGCUGCACGGCCAAGUGACGAGGCGCGGCUGUCUGCGAUCACUUCAAGCCACAGCAGCAUCAUCUCGGCGACCAGUCUCAGUUCCUGCUGCCCUUUCGAGUUCACGAUGCGUCCACACUGAAACGCAAGCCCCGACGGCUGCCACCGUGGUAGCACCCUCGACUGCUGCAGCCCAUGUGCCCCUUCGAAAGCAAUUGAAGGACGAGGCAAAGAAGGCCAAGGCGUCGGGAAAGAAGAAGAAGAAGAAUGCCAACAACCAGUUGGUUGAGGGCUGGGAAUUAACGGUGGGCAUUGAGAUCCACGCACAACUCAAUACGGCCAGGAAGCUCUUCUCUCCUGCUGCCACCUCAUUCAACGAUGAGCCCAACAGCCAUGUUGCAUACUUUGAUCUUGCUACUCCCGGAAGCCAGCCGCUCUUUCAGAAAGAGACCUUGAUCCCAGCACUUCGAGCUGCACUGGCCUUGAAUUGCGAUAUACAGUCAACAAGCCGCUUCGACAGGAAACAUUACUUUCACUGGGAUCAGCCAUCGGGGUAUCAAAUUACGCAGUACUACGAGCCCUUUGCGCGCGAUGGACAUAUCACUCUGCAACCAAGAGACGGGAUAGCCCUCGAGGAUGGCGAUGGUCUCAGGAUAGGUAUCAAGCAGGUUCAAAUGGAACAAGAUACGGCGAAAACAAUGGCACAGGCGGAAAAUACACACUGGAUCGACUUCAACCGAACCGGCGUGCCUUUGAUUGAAAUCAUCACCCACCCAGAUAUCCACCACCCAGCAACAGCCGCUGCUUUUGUGCGCAAGGUCCAGAUUCUCCUCAAUGCUGUCGACUCUUGUGUAUCAGGUAUGGAAGCGGGUGGACUUCGGGCCGAUGUUAAUGUCUCCGUCAGGAGAACCAAUGACCCGAAAGGCCCCCUAGGAACUCGCACCGAGAUCAAGAACCUGAGUAGCUUCAAAGCUGUCGAGGAUGCCAUCAUUGCUGAGCGCGACAGGCAGAUUGCCGUUCUUGAAGCAGGUGGGACCAUUGAGGGAGAAACUCGUGGCUGGUCUAUCGGUUCGACAGAAACCCGAAGACUCCGAGGCAAGGAAGGCGAGGUCGACUACCGGUACAUGCCUGAUCCGGAUCUUUCGCCGCUCUUCAUUGGCCAGGACUUGAUCAGUCGGUUACGAGGUACCCUGGGCCAACUGCCAGAUGCUGAAGUAGAUGAGCUUGUUCAAGAGUUUCAGCUCACUCCCAAAGAUGCGCUCUCGCUAGUCGCUCUUGAUGGUGGCAACAGAGUCGAGUACUUUUGGAAUGUCAUUGAUGCUCUGGUGUCUAGAUUACCUGCUGAAGCAACCUCGAACCUCGCCUGCUUCCAAUUAGCUGCAAAUUGGAUUCUCCACGAACUUGGACGUCUGACGGCGAAUCCUCAUGACGAUUCAGUCUCGGAGCUCGGCUUCACGGCUGACGGACAGUGCGAGCGUGUUCCUGUCGACUACUUGGCUGAUAUUCUGCUCUUUCUCCAUCAACGACAGAUUACCAUGAAGGUUGCCAAGGAACUCCUCUGGGUAGUGUUUCGAGGCACUGUUCCCUCUCAAUACGCAAGCAUUGCUGAUGCCAUUGAGUCGGAAAAUAUGUGGUUCAAUGAACUAUCUGACGAGGAGUAUGCCGAGUUGGCGGAUUCUGCAAUCGAAGGACAGGAUCAUAUUGUGCAACAAUUCGUCGAGUAUAAGCAGUAUCCUCAAGGAAAGCUCAUGUUCCUAGUCGGACGCAUGCUGAGGCUAGGCGCAGAGGAGAGAAUCAACCCACAAAACGCAGAAAAGGCCAUGCGGAACGCUCUAGAAGAGAAAUAUGUCCCAAUGCUCAGGGCUCACACGUCAGAACAGUAA